AUGAAGUCGUGGCUAAGACCUUCUGAAAGCAGAUUUAGAACUGGACUCAGAAUUUUCAACAGUCUCACUCAAACGAAAGAAGAGUUCUUCACAAACUCCGGAGACAAAAAAGUCUACUGGUAUAUGUGUGGUCCUACAGUAUACACGAAUUCCCACAUGGGCCAUGCCAGAACCUAUGUCUCAUUUGACAUCAUCCGCCGAAUCCUUUCCAACUAUUUCGGAUACGACGUCACUUUGUGCAUGAACAUCACCGACAUUGAUGACAAAAUCAUCAUAGAAUCCAACAACCAGCAGGUAAACUUUGCCGAAUAUGCCAGGAAAUGGGAAAAAUCGUUCUUUGAGGACAUGGCAAGGCUAAAUGUCAGCCCCCCAGACGUGCUAACUAGGGUAAGCGAGUUUGUCCCAGAUAUCAUUACCUUUAUAGAAAAACUUAUAAGUAAUGGUUUUGCUUAUGAAUCCAAUGGAUCAGUUUAUUUCGACACAGAAGUUUAUAAGCAGACCCAUACAUAUGGAAAACUUAUUAACCAAAGUGAUAUAAAUACUGAACUUAUGCAGGAAGGAGAAGGAAAAUUAACUGAUGUGAAGGCAAAAGAAAAAAGAAGAGAAGAAGAUUUCGCGCUUUGGAAAAAAUCAAAAGAGUUUGAGCCAAGCUGGGAGUCACCAUGGGGACCAGGAAGGCCAGGAUGGCAUAUAGAGUGCAGUGUGAUGGCAGCUGACAGCUUACCAUGCCCAAUUGACAUCCAUUCUGGAGGCGUCGACCUUAGGUUUCCACAUCAUGAAAAUGAGCUUGCCCAGUCUGAAGCAUUUUACGGAUGCCAACAAUGGGUCAACUACUUCCUACACACAGGCCACCUACACAUUAAAAAAUGCAAAAUGAGCCGCAGUCUCAAAAACUUCAUCACAAUUAAUGAAAUGCUUCAAGACUACACCCCAAGACAAAUGAGAAUGGUUUACCUUCUUCACAAAUGGGACGGAAUGAUGAAUUAUGACCCUGAAAACUCCUCAACUAUGGAAGAAGCUGUUAUCAUUGAAAAGCAGUUUAAAGAAUUUUUCAUGAACAUUCAAGCUGCUAAAAGAGAAUUAAAAAUAGAAAGCAAACAAAAAUUCGACCAAAGAGAAAAAAAUUUGUUCGCAGCUUUGCAGCAAACAAGAGAAAAUGUGCAUAAUGCGCUUUUAGAUAAUUUUGGAACAGAUGUAGCAGUUUUGGAGCUUUCUGGGCUGGUAAACAAGACUAAUGUGUACAUGCAGUCUGAGCCAAAAUUGAUUUUACUCGCAAAUGUAUCAGAUUAUGUUAAGAAAAUGCUAGAUUGCUUUGGAUUAGAUUACAGUGUUGCUGAUUCUGGGGACUCUUCAUUUGAGCCACUUAUGAAUGUGCUAACAAGAUUUAGGGAUGGUGUUCGUCAAGCAUCCCGUGAAGGAGAUGUCAAAGCAAUUUUGCAGCUUUGUGACCAAAUAAGAGAUGAUGAUCUCCCACCACUUGGAAUUAAACUGGAGGAUAGAUCAAACCAACCAUCGAUAUGGAAAAAAGGAAACCCUGAAGAGCUAAUCUUGGAAAUAAGGAGGAAAAAAGAAGAGGAAGAAAAGGCUAUAGCAAGAAAACAAGAAAUGGCUAGGAAAAAAGAAGAGAAAAAAGCAGCCCAAGAUGCCCAAGCAAGUAUAGAUCCAAAGGAAAUGUUUAGAGGAGAAACUGAUAAAUACUCGACGUGGGAUGAAAAUGGGAUUCCUUUAUGUGAUCAAACUGGAAACCCUAUUAGCAAGUCAUUGAGGAAAAAACUAGAAAAGCUGUGGGAGAAACAGAAGAAACUUUAUGAACAAAGGGAAAAUAAACAAGAAUAA